AUGCCACCUAAUAAAUUUCAUCACAAAGCAAGCACGGACAUCGAUACUAUCAAUAAAACCACUUCCAUCUCAACCAAUCCAUAUUACAAUUAAUAUCUGAAAAGAGCAUCUAAUUCGAGUCAUCAAGAAAAACCUCCUUCUCUAUAAUACAGCAAUUCAAAAUCUAAUUUGAAUCCCAACCAAUCACACGAUUACUCAAUCUAAUUCAAGGUUGGAGGUAAAAACGAUAAAAAAAACGAUUCAAUUAAUGAAACUCAAUUAUCUUAAUUCGUUAAUCCGACUAAACAAUUUGUUUGCAUGAGUCCAGCUCAAAAUCGCGAUAACUCCAUCAUUUUUUAAUCUCCCAAGUAAACACAAUAACCAACAAUCAUAUAAUCCCCUCAACCUUAUAAUUUAAUUAAUACUCCCAUUUAUUAUAAUAAUAAUAAGGGAUCAUAAUCCCAACUCAAACCAAUCAAUUACAACAAUCCCAAUUUAUUAAAUGAGUUUAAACAAUUGCAAGACUCAAAUAACUUAUUGUAACAAAAUAUUCAAUAGAUGGAAAGCGAAGUACAGAGAGGACAAUCUUCAUAGUUUAUUUAGGAAUUAGAAUAAAAAAUUAAUUUAUUAAAAUAGUUAAAUGACAAAUUGCAAUUUGAAAAUUAGUCUCUUAUUGAGUAAACUGAUGUUGCAAGAAUGAAAGAGAAUUUAGAAAAAUCUUAGUAAAUUCGUAAACAAACAUCAUAAUAACUUUAGAGUAUCAAAUCUGAAUAAUAGUAAUACCAAAUGAAAUGUGAUGAAUUACAAAAUAAAUUAGAUCAAUGUGAUGAUUCUUAAAUUAAGGAUUUAGUUAAUGAAUUGGAAAAUAAGGUUUAAAAUCUAAUUGCUGAAAAUGAUAGAUUGAAUCAAUAAUUAUCGUCAAAUUCUAAUUUACAAAUGAUUUCUGAUAUCUCAAGGUUGAAGAAUGAAAUUGACAAUCUGAACAAGCAAUAAUAAUAAUUAAAAAGGGAUGAAGAACAUUUAAAAUUAACAUAUAAAUAAGUUGAAUAGGUUUAUGAACAGAAGAUGACUGAGAAUAUAUAUGCUGAUUUAAAUGAAAAGAUUCAACUAUUGGUUGAAGAAAACGAGAGAUUGCAAUAAGUUAUCAAUGAUUCCGAAUACACUGACUAAGACCUAUAAGAUAUUAAAGCAAGAAUUAAAGUUGUUAAGCAGGAUAAUUUUAAGAUGGAACAGCAAUUAAAAAGAAAAAAUCUUAAAUAAAAUUAUUGA